CGGAUGUGCCACUAGAUAAUAAUACAAUUGUUUAUGCAUCUAAAUGGUUUAAAAUUAAUGUAUCUGAAUCAAAUAUCGAUUACCUCCCAAGCGAUCCAUUUUUAGGUGGUAAAGCAAAUGACAAAAUUUUCUUCAUUAGUAAUUCCUAUUCAGUGUUACGAUUACAUGCAUUUGACACUACACUAAAAAAGUGGGAAACAAACCUCAGUUAUCAAGGAAUUCCUUCAGAUUCUUAUAAUUUUGAUAAUAUUAACUGGGUUUCUGAUGAGUUAACCAGUAAAUCCUAUCUUUAUGAAGGUUAUGAAAAGAAUUUAACAAUAUUUGAUAGCAUUAAUUUAGCCUGGAUAAAUAGCACUUCAAAUCCUCAAAAUUUACUUCAAGGCAUAUUAGGCUCAUCUCAAAUUUUCGCUGAGUAUUUUAGUUUUGUUCAGGUUUUAUCAGCAAGUGAUAAAAUUUUUUAUAUUGGUGGAAGUUUUACGGGAUUUUCUUUCAAUAAGCAAUUUAUGCCGAUGAGUAGUAUUUUAACAUAUGAUAUCGUGUUAGAUUCAUGGCAAAUUAAUAAUGCGACAGGUAAAGAGAUUGAAGGACGUAUAGGUCAUACAGCUGUUAUGACUUCAGAUAAACGUAUUAUUGUAUAUGGUGGAAUGAAUAUAUUAAGACCAGCUUUUCCAUACUUGGCAGUCUUAGAUACUUCAAAAAUACCUUAUGAAUGGUCAACACCAACAGAAGAAAAUUCUAUUGGCCCUAUAACUGAACAUUCGUCUAUUAUGAUCAAAAACUAUAUGAUCACAGCAUUUGGUAGAAACUUAUCAGAGAGGGAAUCUUAUAAUAUUAAAAAUGUUUAUAAAUUGAAUAUAUCAAAUCCAUUAAGUUAUAAAUGGUCAUUAUUAGCUACACUCAAUAACCAAUCUAAUUCUGUAGAUAAUAAUAAUAGUGGAUCAACUGGUUUUUUCAAAGUUUCACAUAGGAUGUGUUUAGGUGGUAGUAAUCCAAUGUUUUCGAUUGGGUUAAUGAUAGCAAUACCAUUAAUAUUAAUGAUUAUUGAAUUAUUGCCACUAUUGCAUCGUAAUAAGAUAUGGUGGCUUGCAUCUGAUAUUGGCAACGAUAGCUUUUCUUUAAUACGGAGUAUUAGACCGUGUGGAAAUGAGUGGGAAAACGUUUUACCUGAGUGUACUGCUCGUCCCAACGAAACUCAUUGUAUAAAAAAAGUUAGAUUUAGCGUUAAGGAAAAUCAUGUUGGAUUGUUAUCUGAUUCUCAGAAUUAA